GACAUGUUAGGUGGCAGCAUUGCAUUAUGCUUCUUUAGUUCUUUGCCUACAAAAUGGCGAUGUCAACAAUAAGAAGAUGAGUAGUGUCUUUCUGAAUUGAAAUAAACAUUUCUUUCUUUCAGUUAGUUUAGAAUUUUGUUUAAUUUUCUUUAAAAAUGAAUGGGUUAAGUUUCAGUGAGUUGUGUUGUCUUUUUUGUUGCCCUCCUUGUCCGGAUAGAAUUGCUGCAAAAUUGGCAUUUUUACCACCAGAGCCAACUUAUGAAUUUUCGUCUGACGAAAGUGGAAUAUGUACUUACACCUUAACUGAGAGAGCAGAGUGGCAAUAUUCUGAAAGGGACAAGGAAAAACUAGAGGGUUUCUUCACAAGAACUGAAAGAGGCAACAAAAUAGCCUGUCUUUUUGUUAGGUGUAGCCCCACAGCCAAAUUCACUAUCCUUUUUUCUCAUGGAAAUGCUGUUGAUUUAGGGCAAAUGAGUAGUUUUUAUUUAGGACUUGGUUCUCGAAUUAAUUGCAACAUAUUUAGUUACGACUAUUCUGGGUAUGGAAUAAGUGAAGGAAAACCUUCUGAAAAGAAUUUGUACGCUGAUAUCGAUGCAGCAUGGCAAGCAUUGAGGAUGAGAUAUGGAAUUAGUCCAGAAAAUAUUAUUCUUUAUGGUCAGAGCAUAGGAACAGUGCCUACAGUUGAUCUAGCAUCAAGAUAUGAUGUUGGUGCUGUUAUUCUUCAUUCACCUUUAAUGUCUGGCAUGAGAGUGGCCUUUCCUAACACCAAAAGAACCUGGUUUUUUGAUGCGUUUCCUAGUAUUGAUAAAGUUUCUAAAGUUAUGUCCCCCACAUUGGUUAUUCAUGGUACAGAGGAUGAAGUUAUAGACUUUUCUCAUGGUUUGACAAUCUUUGAAAAAUGUCCAAGAGCCGUAGAGCCUUUAUGGGUGGAAGGAGCAGGCCAUAAUGAUGUAGAACUUUAUAAUGUGUACUUAGAAAGACUAAAACAAUUCGUCAGUGUGGAACUUGUUAACUGACAGACAAUUGAUUUCGAUUAAUAUAAUUUUUGUUCAGAUACAUCCAGUUCCUUAACUGAAAAGUGCUCUAAAUCAAAGCGGCCAAGGAAUAUAUCCUUCAGCUAGCCCAUUUAUAUUUGAAGUUCGAAGUGUUUAUCAAAGAUUCUUAAGGGACACGUGUAUGACAUUCUUGAACAUUUAUUAAAUUAUCUGGACAAUCUCUAAAGUGAUGCAAUGUUUAAAUGUAGAUAAGAACAAUUCAGUGAUAUCCCUUAUUAUGUAUAAUUCUUUUUUACAAAUAAGAUUUUUUUUGUUUUUACCACUUGAUAUGAGAUGAAAAAUGAGUUCAAACAUAAGUACCUGAAGGUAAAUAAGUAGUGUUUAAAAUCUGCGCUACUACCAUGAAAUGAGGUCAAUUUUAUAUCUUCACAUAACUGUUUCUGAUUGAAACUCGAAGCAAAACUUUAUCCUUACUUUGUAACAUAAUUCUGAGUGAAUAAUCCGAAGUGUUCUUCAUAAGCUGGGCUUUUUGUGUUUUUUAUCAAUUUGCUCAAAACUGUGAUUACAAAUAAAUCCUGCUCUCGGGACAUUAGAUGAGGUUGCUUUGCACCCGCUGGAGAAUAUUAAUUUCAUAUUCACCUCAUUUUUAAAUCUCAUACAAACUGGUACAUGCGAACUCGUUUUCGAAUUUCCUGGAAUGUAAUAACUGAAACCGUUUCGAACACGAAAAUUCCCAUGGAAAAUGCCUGAUAUAUUUUUAACAUCUGUGCAGUGUUCAAAUGAAUGGGACAAUUUCUUGUUGCUUAGUAAUUUUUAAUACCAUCGCUAUUUCAUUAUACACUAUUUAUUACAAUACAUGUUUUAAGAUUUCUAAUCCUUUGGAAUGCAUAAUUGUCCAAUCACCAAUUCGUGUAUAUAAACAAAGUGAGAAAUAUUCCACAACAAUUAAUAGAUCUCCGAGAGAUGAAUUGAUCCUUAAUUUUUUUCAUGUCAUUGUUGAAAUUUUCUCUGGAGUUGAAAAACUAAUGGGAUUAAAUGAUCAAACCUUUUCUGAUGAGCUUUUGUUCAAUGAGCUGGCAGAUUAUCAAUUUCUGUCAUUGUUGUGGUUCCACUUCAUAACAUUGUAAAAGUUAUGAACAAAAACGGAAUGUGCAUUUUUCAAUGCAGUAACUAAUUUCCUGUUUGCGCAGGCAGUUUACUGUUUUAUGUGAUUAGAUGUAUUUUGAAUUUUCAAAAUACCAUGUGCAAUAGUGAUAUUUUGACAAAGUUUUUGUUCAUAUCAUUUUCUAUUGAAUUCUGCAGGAAUUGUGUUGUUCAUUUUGAUCUCAAUGUACAUUUAAUACUUUAUCAAAAAAUUUAAUAUAUAUUAAUUGAAGGAUAAUCAUUUAGGUUUAGUGACCAAAAUUCUUUAAGAUAGGAGUGAAGUUCAAACUUCCACCCACAGAAUUAUAUACAUACUACAAUUUGGCAUCAUUUGCAACCAUUAAUAAUUUAAAAUAUCGAUUGUUAUUCUAAUAUGAGCUGUUGAGUAUUUUAAGACAACUAGCUUCAGUUUCUUCCAUUCCAAAAAAAACUUUGUAUGAAUGAUUAAACAAAUUAAUAUGA